GUGGGACUCCGAACGCGCGCCUGUCGUGAUGGGCGUCCUCCGCUCGCGUCGCCAGAUCGAGUAUUCUGACGACGACGUGCUCUCGGACGCGGCGCUCCCCCCCUCCUCCCCGCUCCCCUCCUUCCUGCCCUCGCCGCCGCCAAGCCUCCCCGCCGCGCUCGCCGUCGUCCACGAGAACACCACCGAGGCGACAACAGGCGGGUGGGUGCUGCUGCCACUGGCGGCCAUGGCGCUGGUGCUUCUGGCCGCGGUUAGCUACCAGUGCGCCGCUACGUGGCGCUGGCUCAAGCACGGCGCGUUGCGCGGCUGGGAGGAGGGGUUGGCCGGUGACCUGCAGUCUGCCGUGCGCAUCUCCCACUCUCUGCCGGACCUCAAGCGACCCACGCGCCCUGAGUUCGUCCAGGAGGUGAAGAAUGAGAAGAAAGUAAGCCGACCAAUGGUGCUCCGACAGACGACUCUCCCGGCGGUUACAUCUGAACAGCAAAAGUUUCAGCGUCAACUGUCAUAUCGCAUCGACCCCGUGCCGCUCGGACAGAUUCAGUUUUCCGUAUGCAGUUUGGACCGCUCGUCGGACAAUAUGGGCAACAUCAAGCCGGAGCUCUACCGGGAGGAAGCAGUGAAGAGGGGCUCGGCCGACAGCACGGGCGACAUGGAGUGCUGUGGGAAGCUGCACUUCGCAAUCCGAUACGACAGCGAAAUGGAGGCUCUCAUUGUCAAGGUGCUGGAGGCGCGGGACCUGCCCAUCAAGGACGUGACGGGCAGUAGCGACCCCUACGUCAAGGUGUACUUGCUGCCGGACCGCAAGAAGAAGUACCAGACCAAGGUUCACCGGCGCAACCUCAACCCCAUCUUCAACGAGACCUUCAUCUUCAGCGUGACGUACGAGGACCUCCGGCGCCGCUACCUGUCCUUCUCGGUCUACGACUUCGACCGCUUCUCCCGGCACGAUCUCAUCGGCCAGGUGGUCCUCAAGGGGCUGCUCGAUGUGGCCGACCUCGCACAGGAGAUCGAAUACACCAUGAACAUCCUAAAUACCAAGCAGGAUGCGGUGGACCUCGGGGAGCUGAUGAUGUCGCUCUGCUACCUGCCCACCGCUGGCCGCCUCACCGUCACCAUCAUCAAGGCCAGGAACCUCAAGGCCAUGGACAUCACCGGUUCGUCGGACCCCUACGUCAAGGUGUACCUGCUGUGCCAGGGGAGGCGCAUCAAGAAGCGCAAGACUACCGUGAAGCGCUCCUCCCUGGCGCCUGUCUACAACGAGGCGCUCGUGUUCGACGUGCCCGCCUCCAACGUAGAAGACGUGUCGCUAAUCAUCAAGGUCAUCGACUACGACAGGAUCGGUCAUAACGAGCUGAUGGGUUGCUGCGGCAUCGGGCCGUCUUUCAUCGGAGUGGGCCGUGACCACUGGCAGGAGAUGCUGGACAACCCGCGCAAGCCAGUCGCCCAGUGGUACACGCUGAUGGAGACGGUGCCGGACAACACCGCCUCCGUGUCGCUCAGCUGUCUCAACAGCGCCAGGUGAGCGGCUCACAAUGGCGCUGAGGGCCGGCGUGUUGGUUUUCUUGUUGAAAAGUCAUUCCUGAAGAGGAUGUCUUCUUACCCUGUGGAUGUCCUUCAGGCUGAUGAUGAAGGGGCAGCUAAGAAGUUCGUGAGAGACCGUUUGUAUGUCUCCUGAAGAGGCGCGGGUCGCCCUUAAGUCAUUUAAAGUGGAUGUCUUUUUGUGCGUGUACGUACGGUCCGAAGUGGACCUGCUCCUUUCUUUUUACCACAUGCCAAAUCUCUCCUUGUGAGGCGUUACAAGUCUGCUUUCAUGUGUGACUAGAUGGAAAAAAACGAUAGUAUAAGAGUUUCGUAGCGGUAUUUUUAUUUUCUGUAGCAAACUACACAUCUGGGAUAGUAGUAUUACUUUACAAAUAAAGUUGGAUUAUGGAUAAAAAAAGGAAACAUAGACACGUAGUAUAUCAGUAAAUCGUACGUUUGUAUACGUAGCUGUGUCAAAUUACUUACUAAGUUCUCCGCGGAAGAGUUUUGUGUAUUUUCUUAGGUCAAAGCCAAUUUCGAAAAAACUGUCAAAUUUAUAAGUCAGUGCUUCUUUUGUUUUUAUUGCAUCAGUUACUAUGUGACAUGAAGUACCAACAGUUCACGUACCAAUGAGAACUGCUGCUGUUUUGUACUUCAUACCCCCUGUAUAUUGUAUUGCCAUCUCUAUUAUCACUGUAAGUGUUUCAAAGAUAUUUUCUUACUGUUCAAAAACAUUCCCGCUAUUUAAAAACUUUGUUUUCUGAAGUAUAAAAUUACUUAGUUUGUAUACAUUAGUUGUGAGGAAAGUUGUGGUGACCUUGGGAGAACAAACACGCUUCACAAUACCAUGCGCAGUCUUUCUCUGUUUAUUAAUAAUUUAGAUUAGAAUUUUGUAUUGAGGACAUAACUUGUAUGAUCUAGUUUGUGUAAGCUGAAUACCUAGAAAUACUCAGUCUGUUGCUAACUUCAAUCUACCUGAUGCUUUAAUCCUUAUGAAAUCAGAUUGUUACUAUAGUACUGGAGAAUAAAAGGAAUUUUCAUGUGAA